CUCGCUCACCCACUCACUUCGCUCCUUCUCCCUCUGCACACACCCCCAGCAGGUGCUUUCACUUGACAUUUGGUUUGCAGUUGUGCCUUAGGCUGCGGCUACAGGUUAAGUGUAAUUCUGUAAAAGAAAGAAAAAGCCCGAGAAGGUCUAAAGGCCUUGAGCUGGGGCCACGGUGACAGUCAUCAGUCAGGCAGUAGACUGAAGGGGCCCCGCCGCCUGCAGCUCCUCUGUCCUCAGGUGGCACCGGAGGCCUCCUGUCCGAGGUGAACGCCGGUCGCAAACCACAUCUGCUGCUGCCAUCCGGUCGAGUCUUUUGCUGCCUCUGGCCAUCAGAGCAUCUCUUUCAAAGUUAUGUCCAACCCAGUGGGCAGUUUAUCUGAAGGCACGCUGUAUGGGUCCCGGAUCGGGAUGACAGAGGACUCCCUGACCCUCCUGGAGCGAAGCAGGGGCUCUGGGGAACACUGGGACAUGGAGGAGACCAAGCCAAGCGUGGAAGCCCUGGAGCGAGGCAUGCCAAGCUUCUACCUCUCCUGCUUUGACAUGCUCCUCACCGAGGACGCCACGUGGCUGGUGAAAGUUUCCGAGGCCCCCCAAACGCUGCCUGCGCCCAUGGCUCGCAUGGAGCCCCGCGAGGAGCCGGAGCAGUGCCCCGUCAUCGAUAGCCAGGAACAGGGGCUCUCUCCUGGGCUGGAGGGGCAGGUGGAGGAGCGGUCUCUGGAGCAGGUGCAGAGCAUGGUGGUGGGAGAAGUGCUGAAGGACAUUGAGACGGCCUGCAAGCUGCUCAACAUCACCCCAGACCCCAUAGAGUGGAACUCAGCGAAUGUCCAGAAGUGGCUGUUGUGGACUGAGCAUCUGUACAGGUUGCCCCACGCAGGAAAAGCCUUCCAGGAGCUGACGGGGAAGGAUCUGUGCGCCAUGAGUGAGGAGGAGUUUCGUCAGCGCUCCCCGCAGUGUGGCGACACGCUGCACGCACACCUGGACAUAUGGAAGUCAGCUGCCUGGAUGAAAGAGAGGUGUUCAGUUGGAGACACCAAAACGACAAGCACAGAGGAGCUGUGGUCCGAGGCAGAUUCAUCGUGCUCGGGUCAACCUAUUCAUCUCUGGCAAUUCCUCAGAGAGCUCCUGCUCAAACCGCACAACUACGGACGCUGCAUCCGCUGGCUCAAUAAAGAAAAAGGCAUUUUUAAAAUAGAAGACUCGGCUCACGUUGCGCGGCUGUGGGGACUCAGGAAGAAUCGACCCGCAAUGAACUAUGACAAGCUGAGCCGCUCCAUACGUCAGUACUACAAGAAAGGCAUCAUCCGCAAACCUGACGUGUCUCAGAGACUGGUGUACCAGUUUGUUCACCCAGUAUGAGGCUGCAGCAGAGCGGGGGCAGAAAUAGGAGGAGGAGGAGGAGGAGGAAACUUGGAAACUAAAUUAAAAGGAAACACUAUUUCACCGUGCACUUGAACGCCCCAGAUGGACAGGUGACAUGGAACACGUGCACUGACCAACCCCAAUGGUACACACUUCCACUGCCAGCACAGAGGUGACAGCUGGCAGCUGCUGCAUGAAGGCUUAUCUUUGCAGAGGUUGAGAGGAAGAGACAAAACAAUGUGGCCGUCGAGGCUUUUUCCUGCUGCAGAAUAAAACUGAUUUAAAAAAACAAAACAAAACAAACAAAAAAAAGCAAGAUAAUCAAUGAACUGCCUUUUCACUUGCAUGAUCUGCCUGUUUAUCUGUCCAUAAUGUGAGUCCCGAUCAUCAUAAACUCAUAACACCGUAGAGUGCCGGCUGACUGCUUCAGGAAAACGCCCUUCGCCUGCUGUUUGCUUUGUCUUUUCUCAUCGUCACUGCCACAGGUGAAAAACGUGGUUGGGGUUAUUUUUGCAGAAACCUGCUGAAUGGCAGGACAGUGCACUCUCCUCUCAUCUCACCUGGAAGAUAGAGAGAAGGACGCUUGAGCAGUUUGCUGAGUUUAGACCCUGCCGUGGCUGUUUACUUGUACAUAGAUUUUUUUUGAUGGUAAAGAGUGAUGCGUUCCUUUCUGCUUCUUAUUUUAUGUCGUCAACUGCAGUUCGUGUGACUGUUCAAUGCAUAUCGUGUGUUUGUCUGAGAGAUUGUUCAAGACUUAAUAAACAGAAAAAGGUAAAAGUCUAUAAUUAAACCGUGACAUUUUCACAGGUUUUAGCCACAAAAUGUUGUUCAUGUUGUGAGGCAGAUGAAUCCCUGAUGUCUUUAUUAUUAUUAUUAUUAUUAUUUAGUACCACCCGUAAUUGUCUUAGUGCGCAUACAGAUGCUUCCCAAAUGUGCAAAAAUAUCCAACUUGAGGAGAUUACCUUCACAGGCCUUGACCAAAACCUCUCCAAAAUGUCACUUUAUUUGCAGAUGAUGUUCUUGUAUUGUAUCUUUUUGUGUUGUAUCUUCAUUUACUCUUACCCAGUAACAUAUAAUCUGAUUCUUACACCACUGCGGGUGACAUAUAUAAAAAUAAACUGUGUAGCUGCUCAAAUGUACGCACGCGCCUGAGAAAUAUCAGCAUCAAGUCAUAUUUUCUAAUUUAUCCUAUUUAGUCUAAAUACAUCGUUAGCAUUCACUAAACUCAAAUAGUAUCUGCUUUACAUGCUAGCAGCCCUGUGUUUACAUACGGCUUCACUGUAAGCAAGGACUAAAAAAAUAAAAAAUAAAAACUCCAUUAUUUUACAAAGAGACGUGAUUAAACAUCAUUUUAUUCAUUUUAUUAUAACGACUGCAGCUUCCUAGCUGUGUAUUUGGUCCACAUUUAUUCCAGUGAGUAUUUAUUUGAUCUGAUGUGGUACGCUUAUCACUCUCAUAUGUCUAAAUAAAUGUCUGCCUGAACACAUUAAAUGUUCAAACAGGACUCAUUAAAGUUUUUUUUUUAUAACCUG